AUGUGCUGUGGCAGAAAGGAUCCCACGUCCAAGCUGUCCGCCAUCCCUCCACGCUCACGCACGCCAAACAUCAGCUCGUACACGGAGGAUCAGAAGCUUCGACAAGACCGGAUUAUCUACAACAUGGGCUGGGAUAAUAUGAGCUUGUCCGAAAAGAAGCAGAGGGCCAUGGCGGAAACCUUCCAUGAUGAGAUCCAUAAGGCCAACGAUCACGGCGAGUGGUAA